AUCGACUGCCCACCCACGCCACUCCACGCAAGGAAGCAAACCGUCCGUCCCUAUCCAUCUCAUCCACUUCUUUCUUCUUCUUCUUCUUCUUCUCUUCCUCUGCUUUGCUUCGCUGCCAAGCCAUCCUCCCUUCCUCUCGCCGGCGACGACUCUCCGUUACCCCUGCGCAGGAAGAAGAAGGAGAAAUAAAGAAAAUGGCGGACGGCGGCGGCAGCGACUGGGAGGUGGUGUCGCUCACGGCCUCCACCUACGCAGCCUCACCAGGACCAAUCCCAAUCUCGCCCCCCAUCCACGACGCCGCUGACAAAACAGAGUCGCCUCUUCUUCUCCUCCCAAAUCCUCCCGCUCCCCCUGCACAUUUCUUCAUGUCCCAGCACUUCAAUCUCCCACUUUUUAGUACUGCCCAUCUUGAGAAUAAUAACGGAGGCCAAGAACUAGAAUCCGGCCCUGCCGCUGCCGUGCCGGACGGCGAUGCUGCCGACCAUCUCAACACGCCCCGCCCAGAAAACCGCGACGGCGGGAGGGACGAUGUGCUGGUUAGUCCCGCCGGCAAUGGCCUGCACCUGCAGGUGGAAGGAGGAGGAGGGGGCGAGGAACUGCAGCAAACCACCAUGUUCUGCUCUCUUCCUAAAGACGCUACUGCAGGUGCAGAUGCUGCUGCUGAUGCCACGGAUGCCACCGCUGUCGGUUCUGCUACCCUGCCUGCUCCUGCUUCUGCUCCUGCCGCCACGGUGACGGUGGCUGCUCCUUCCGGCGGAGUGGGCGCUUGCAGUUGCAAUGCCGCGCAGGCUCAGGCGUGGUGGGAGAAGACCUUCUCCUUCCCGCGUCAAGAUGGGAGUGGGAAUGGCACACAGCCCCUCGCCUUCCGCUUCGUCUUCGUCGCCGGCAAACUGCAGCUUCAGGAAGAGGACCACCUCAGCGUCAGCCCUGUCCCUGAAUUCGGCCAAACCCAGAAGAUAAGCUGCACGGUGACUGAGCCGCUUGAUCAGGCCAAGGUCAGCAUGCUUGGUGGAGGAGGCCCUGUUGCUCAGCAGGGGUAAAUUAACUAACUACACAAGCUUCAUUGCAUGCUGCUGCUGCUGCUGCUGAUGAUGAUGAUGGCGAAAAAUAUACUAGUAUGGUAGCUAAGUAGUAAGAAUUUGAUGAUGACUUGGAUCGAUGAUGAUGACGAAAAGGGUGUGGUGAAUCUUCUUUCUACUUACUCUGAUCCAUGUGAGUGGAGUGGUAGUACUUAAUUAGUAGCUAGGCAAUGGAGUAAUGAGCAUGUGUGUAUGGGUGAGCACUAGUCCUGGUUAAUUCUAUCUAUCUUGCUAGCUAGCUAAGUGUGGGUGUGGUGCUUGUAAAAUAUAAAGUGUUGUGUUUAAGCAAGCAGACACUGUUAUUUCUUGUUACAAGAUCACUAAUUAAGCAGAGAUCAGUAUAUGUAGUCCCUCUACUCUGAACCAA